UUGCAGAAAACAGUUUAGUCUUUAGUUCCCAAACUCGAAAGCAGCUCGACUCAAUCCAGUCUCCUACCCGUUACUCGGGAACUCAGUAACUCAGUCUCUCUUUGAGUUGGAGCUAUGUCAACAAAAAUAGCCCUUAAAUUUUCUCGAUCCAGCCGUAUCUAUCGCGCCUCUGAACCUGUUGAAGGCAAAAUCGUGAUUAAAUCUCCAUCCUCAAUUUCUCACUAUGGAAUUCGCCUCUCCGUCAACGGAUCUGUUAACUUGCAGCAGGUUCGAGGAGGAUCAGCUGGAGUUAUUGAAACCUUUUAUGGUGUUGUCAAGCCAAUCACCAUCGUGAAUAAGAGCAUUGAGGUUAAACCGCCGGGAAAGAUUGGUUCAGGCACAACUGAGGUACCAUUUACCAUGGUUUUGAAACAAAAUGGCGAAAAAAGUUUGGAAAGAUUUUAUGAGACCUUUCAUGGAACGGAUGUUAGCAUUCAGUAUUUGUUUACUGUAGAUAUAGCAAGAGGAUACCUUUAUAAAUCACUAUCUGCAACCAUGGAAGUUAUAGUUGAAAGUGAUAAAGCUGAUCUGCUUGAGCGACCAGUUUCUCCUGAAAUGGCUAUCUUUUACAUUACUCAGGACACUCAGAGACAUCCUUUACUUCCUGAAAUAAAGUCAGGUGGUUUUCGGGUGACAGGAAGAAUGUCUACUCUGUGUUCUUUGUUGGAUCCCAUCAGUGGAGAGUUAACGGUUGAAACAUCAGCAGUUCCCAUUUCCUCCAUUGACAUACACUUGCUCCGUGUAGAGUCAAUUCUAAUGGGAGAGAAAAUUGUGACUGAAACUUCUUUGAUUCAGACUACACAGAUAGCGGAUGGAGAUGUCUGUCGUAAUCUGACUUUGCCUAUCUAUGUUAUCCUUCCCCGCCUUUUGACUUGUCCAAGUGUCUUUGCUGGUCCAUUUUCAAUUGAGUUCAAAGUGUCCAUUGUCAUCAGCUUUCAGUCAGAACUGUCCAAAUUGCAUAAAAAAUCUGAUCCAAGAACUCCAAGACUGUGGCUGGCAAUGGAAACUUUACCGCUUGAACUUGUUCGAACAAGAUGAGGUGAUCUGAAAGACAAUAUUUGAAUAACUUAGUGUAUAAAAUGUCAGAAUACAAUAGUAUUUUUUAGUAUAUAUUUAAUCUACUAUCAUAGCUGUUGCUUACCCGUAUGUGAUUGGUGCCCUCAACACAGGCAUGCAUGGGCCAAAGAUCUGUAAGAUAUUAUGAUGCAUUUUCAAUCCUCCGAAUUGAAAUCGUCUUCAUGUUAGCAGAUUAAUAAUUUUAAUGAUCCAGAAGGUUUAACA